GUCCGUUGCCGCAGCAACGGCUCGGAUGCGCAUGAGGCCGCCCUUGAUGCCUAUGCUCCCCUGGAAGCUGCGCCUAAAGGAACGAAGAGUGUGAGUUAGGUUUUCUUAGAGCUGCUAGGGUUGAUGGCGCGGCAAAGGAGGUCGCCCUCGGUAGAGGAGGACGAGGAGGAGCCCAUGGCGGCCGAGAAUCAGGAGAGCGGCAGCAGCGAAGCUGAGGAGGAGGAGGAAAUUGAGGAUCUCGGCGACGCGGAGGAGGAAGAGGAAGAGGCGGAAUCCAGCCGGCACUCUUCGGCAGACGAGAGCUCCGAUGACGAGGACGAGAUCUCCCAUAAAGAAAAGGAGAGGCUGCGAGUCUUGAAAAAGAGGAACAGUGAUCAGCUCAAAUUGCUCAGCCAGCAAAAUGCUCAAAUAGAUGCUGAUAUGAAUCAUAAAGCGGAGGGGAGGCUAAAGUUCUUGCUAAAGCAGACAGAACUAUUUUCUCACUUCGCUCAAGGCGCUCCAGCUGACACGUCCUCCAAGAAGAAGAGAGGAGGAGGAGGACGCCGUAAACUGACUGAAGAGGAGGAAGACAAAGAUAUAGCUCAGGAUGAAAGCGGGGUUGGGACAACAAAACUAUUCACGCAACCAUCCUGCAUUAAAGGAGUUAUGAGGGAUUAUCAGCUCGCAGGUCUGAACUGGCUCAUUAAGCUCUACGAGAACGGAAUCAAUGGAAUUCUAGCCGAUGAAAUGGGCCUUGGGAAAACGCUACAAACAAUUUCUCUUCUCGGCUACUUGCAUCAGUAUCGGAAAAUUACCGGUCCGCAUAUGGUGGUUGCUCCGAAGUCAACUCUGGGUAACUGGAUGAAUGAAAUUCGGAAGUUUUGUCCCAUUCUCCGAGCAGUCAAGUUCCACGGUACCCAGGAGGAAAGGGCUUAUCAGCGAGAUAAUUUACUUAAACCUGGGAAGUUCGACGUAUGCGUUACAAGUUUUGAGAUGGCAAUUAAAGAGAAAGCAGCACUUAAGAAGUUCAGCUGGCGAUAUAUUAUUAUUGAUGAGGCCCAUCGGAUCAAGAACGAGAAAUCAAUUUUGGCGAAGACCAUGCGCAUUUUUUCUACGAAUUUUAGGCUCCUCAUAACAGGAACACCGCUGCAGAACAAUCUACACGAGUUAUGGGCUCUUCUUAACUUUCUGCUGCCGGAGAUUUUCAGCUCUGCUGAAACAUUCGACGAAUGGUUUCAAAUAUCUGGCGAAAACGACCAGCAAGAAGUUGUGCAGCAGCUUCACAAGGUGUUGCGGCCUUUCCUUUUGCGAAGGUUGAAGUCAGAUGUUGAAAAGGGGCUGCCUCCCAAGAAGGAAACAAUCCUCAAGGUUGGCAUGUCAAAAAUGCAAAAGCAUUACUACGGAUCCUUGCUCCAAAAAGAUCUCGAUGCUAUCAACACUGGCGGAGAAAGAAGACGCCUUCUAAAUAUUGCGAUGCAGCUCAAAAAGUGCUGUAACCAUCCAUACUUAUUUCAAGGUGCUGAGCCAGGUCCGCCAUAUCUCUCUGGAGAGCAUCUUGUUGAAAACUCAGGCAAGAUGGUGCUUUUGGACAAGCUUUUACCGAAACUCAAACAACGGGAUUCUCGUGUUCUCAUCUUCUCACAGAUGACCAGACUUCUUGAUAUACUGGAGGAUUAUUGUAUUUAUCGUACAUAUCAAUAUUGUCGUAUCGAUGGAAAAACAAGUGGCGAAGAACGUGAAGCUGCUAUAGAAUCGUUCAAUAAGGAGGGAAGCGAGAAAUUCUUAUUUCUUUUGUCAACGCGAGCCGGUGGCCUCGGAAUUAAUCUGGCAACAGCGGAUAUUGUUAUAUUGUAUGACAGUGAUUGGAACCCCCAGGCCGAUUUGCAGGCUCAAGAUCGUGCCCAUCGUAUCGGUCAAAAAAAGGAGGUUCAAGUUUUCCGGUUUUGCACAGAGUUGACUAUCGAGGAAAAAGUUAUUGAACGGGCUUACAAAAAACUUGCCUUGGAUGCGUUAGUCAUACAACAAGGUCGUUUGGCGGAAGAAAAGACUGUUAACAAGGAUGAGCUUCUUCAAAUGGUUCGAUACGGCGCGGAGAUGGUUUUCAGUUCUAAAGAUAGUACCAUAACCGAUGAAGAUAUAGAUCGUAUAAUUGCGAAGGGAGAAGCUGCAACUGCUGAACUGGAUGCAAAGAUGAAGAAGUUCACGGAGGAUGCGAUUCAGUUUAAGAUGGAUGAUCCUACCACCCUCUACGAUUUUGAUAAUGAGAAGGAAAAGAAUAAAGACUUCAAGAAAAUAGCUGCUGACAAUUGGGUUGAACCUCCUAGACGGGAACGCAAGCGCAACUAUUCAGAAUCCGAAUACUUCAAGCAAGCACUUAGACCGAGCACCUCAAGCAAGUCCAAGGAGCCCAGAAUUCCCAAAAUGCCUCCACUACAUGACUUUCAAUUUUUCAACGUUCCUCGACUGACGGAGAUUUUUGAAAAAGAGGUGACGCGGAGAUAUCUGAACAAGAAUCAAGACGGUGAAACGGGAGAUAUUGAGGGUGUGUUUUCUUUUACUUUCCUUUUCGUGUCUGACUUAAAGCUAGCAGAAGGCGAACCACUUACGCCAGAAGAGCAAGAGGAAAAAGAGCAACUUUUGCGAGAGGGCUUUCCAACUUGGAAUCGAAAAGACUUCACCAACUUUAUCAAGGCAUGCGAAAAGCAUGGCCGCUCGGAAAUUGGAAAAAUAGCUCUUGACAUGGAAGGAAAGACGGAAGAGGAAGUUGAGCGGUAUGCAAAAGCUUUUAGUGAGCGCUACAAGGAUCUUACUGAAUAUGAUAAAAUAAUCAAAACAAUCGAAAAGGGUGAGGCCAGACUUGCACGAAGGGACGAGAUUAUGAAAUCGAUCGGGAAGAAACUAGACAAAUACCGGAAUCCCUGGCAAGAGCUGAAAAUCCAGUACGGCCAAAACAAAGGCAAGCUGUACAACGAGGAGUGUGAUCGUUUUAUGGUAUGUAUGAUCCAACGCCUCGGAUAUGGGAACUGGGACGAGCUGAAAGCGGCAUUCAGGAGCUCGCCGCUUUUCCGGUUCGACUGGUUUGUGAAGUCACGCACGCCAGCAGAGCUUGCAAGGCGGUGUGACACUCUCAUCAGGCUGAUCGAGAAGGAAAACCAGGAGACCGAGGAGAACGAUCGACAGGUUCGGAAGAAGCCUGCAAAGAAUGGAGCCUCUCCAUCGACAAAAUCGUGCUCUGGUAGUGACAAGGAAGAGGUCGCCGCGCCUACUCCCAAGAAGAGAAAAGCUCCCUCGGAGACAUCAUCGGCCAAGAGGAGGAGGUGAUCCGGGGCUUUUAGUUGUACAGUUUUGAUUGUUAAUGGUCAUCAGUGACUUUAUGCCACUUUA